AUGCAGGAUUCUACCUCGCCGUCGCCGUCGCUCCCCUCCACCCCUUCGAUCCGAUCUUCGGUCGCCCUUUCAGCGAAAUUACCCUAUCCAAAACGAUCAAAUGCGACUAUAUCUGAUGCUCAGAGAAAAGCCUUACGUAUCUUUGCAUUUGAUACACGUCCUAAGCCUACCCAGAAAGCUUGUGCUGCAUGGUUUCAAGAGAAAUUCGGCCGAAUAAUCGAUCGUACGACAGUUUCUCGAACCCUUUCAUCUCAAUAUAACUACCUAGAUAAUAGCGAAGCUGGGACUAAAUCAAGAAAGUCUACCGCACACUGGCCGCUGUUAGAUGAGGCUUUAUUUCAGUGGCAACGACGUCAUACAGAGAAGGGGUUUCCUAUGACUGGACCUCUGAUUCGGCUUAAAGCUGCAGAAUAUUGGAAGAAGAUGCCGAUGUACAAAGAUCAGACUAUGCCUGCAUUUAGUGAUGGCUGGUUGACUGGCUUUAAACGUCGAUAUUCAAUCAGAUGGCAUACCUUCCAUGGUGAAGCUGCCUCGGUCCUAGACUCGAUAUAUCAUGAGAUGAAAGCGAUCCAGAUUAUCUAUGAUGAAUAUGCACCUGAGGAUAUCUAUAAUAUGGAUGAGACUGGUCUUUACUGGCGUCGUAUGCCUAAUGGUGGGCUUACAUCUGAAGGUCGACCUGGCCAGAAAAGAGACAAGACUAGGAUAACUAUUGUCGUAGCAUCGAAUGCGACUGGUUCGGAUCGAUUACCUCUCUGGAUUAUUGGAACUGCAAAGACACCUCAUGCAUUAAGGGGUGUUAAUAUGGCUUCUAUUGGAUGUAAGUGGCGUCAUAAUAAGAAGGCUUGGAUGCGACACGAAAUUAUGGAACAAUGGUUACGUACUUUUUACCUAUGGAUCGGUAGGCAAAGACAUGUACUUCUGUUAAUGGAUAAUUUCAGUGCACAUCUUGUAGCUCUUGAAAAGGCGCCACCGCCGUCUAAUAUAAGGAUAGUCUUCUUCCCAGCGAACGCUACAUCUAUCUACCAGCCCCUUGAUCAGGGUAUUAUCCAAAACCUCAAGCAUUAUUAUCGCAAGAGCUGGAUGUAUUAG